CGAUCUUGGAACGAAGAAGGUGAGAGCGAGCAAUGGGCAGCGGCUUGGUCAAGGCGUCGGCAAGCUGAUGAGCAGUGGGAAUGUGACGAACAUGUAAGGCGGCGGCAUGAACAAGCUCUCGAACAAAAUGGAAAUCAAGAGCCAAAUGCUUCAUCCGUGAGUGAAAAACCGGAUUGGCUGAGAAGUUGACAGCACCAAGGUCUCAUCCCAUGGCAACUCGCGGUCAGCGCGGCAUAUUUAAGCCAAAGAGGCUCUUCUCGGCUCAGGUUUCCUAUGUUGAUAUUGAGCCGUCCUCUGUUAAACGGGCUCUCAGUGAUUCUCGGUGGGCUGCAGCUAUGCUUGAAGAGUUCCAAGCUCUAAUUCGCAACAACUCCUGGACUUUGGUACCCCGCCCUACUGAUCAAAAUAUAGUGGCCUGUCGGUGGGUUUUUCGCAUCAAGCGCAACCCUGAUGGUUCGGUUGAUCGUUUUAAGGACCGUCUUGUGGCCAAGGGUUUCACGCAACGUCCCGGUCUUGAUUUUCAUGAUACCUAUAGUCUGGUGUUGAAGCCGGUCACUAUUCGGCUGGUUUUCUCGAUUGCUUUGACUAACCAUUGGCCUAUUUAUCAAUUCGACGUGAACAAUGCGUUUCUUCAGGGCUCUUUACAGGAGACUAUCUAUAUGGCCCAGCCCCACGGUUUUCAAGAUCAUGCUCGUCCUGAUCAUGUUUGCCGUCUCUCUCGGCCAAUUUAUGGCCUCCGCCAGGCCCCACGAUCCUGGUAUAUGGAGUUAUGUACCUUUCUCCACCACGAAGGCUUCACCAAAACGACGUCUGACGCCUCCUUGUUUGUUUAUCAUCAUGGUGCCUCUCUGCUGUACUUCCUCGUCUAUGUUGAUGACCUUCUUCUCACCGGGAACGACGAGGCUCUUCUUACCAGGUUCCAGGAUCGACUCUCCGCACGGUUCUCUCUCAAACGUCUUGGGCAGGUUAAUUAUUUUCUAGGGAUCGAGGUCCUCCCCACUUCCACGGGCAUUCUCCUCUCGCAGCACAAAUUUAUAACGGACGUCCUCGACCGUUUCGGCAUGGCCGAUGCUCAACCAGCCCCGACCCCACUAAGUUCAACUGCUGCUCUUACUCUUCGAGAUGGCUCCCCUCCAGCUGAUCCCACUCUGUUCAGGCAGGCUCUCGGCUCUCUUCAGUAUAUCCUUUGCACUCGGCCCGACGUUGCCUUUGCCGUCAACAAACUUUCCCAGUUCAUGCAUGCCCCUACUCAGCAACAUUGGUAGUCUGUGAAGCGUCUGUUUCGUUAUCUCAAGGGCACUGCCUCCUAUGGCCUUCAUAUUACUUCCGCUACUGAUUCGUCGCUGGUUGCCUUUGCGGAUUCAGAUUGGGCUGGUGAUCCAGAUGAUCGCACAUCCACAAUGGGUUAUCUUAUAUAUUAUGGUGGCUGAUAAUUGUCGAAAACAUAUUGAUUUUGUGUGCUUAAUGUAAUUAUUUCAUGAUAUGUCUGAGACUUAUAAUACUUGUUUGAGGUCCAACUAAGCCUGGAAUGGUUAUAAAACCAUUACCAUCAAGUGCCAAAUGUUUUAUAUAUUUCAGGUAAAUGAAACGAGAAAUUUGCA